GAUCGCCGACAUUCCACGUAGUGUGCUCGAGUUGUAGCGUUGUGCAGCAGAACCGAGGCUGUGCAAUAGCGAUAUAAUUUAUUUAUUUAAUAGGACUUUAAUUUAAAACUAAUUCAACAUGUGCGACGAGGAAGUAGCCGCGUUGGUGGUGGACAACGGAUCCGGUAUGUGCAAGGCCGGGUUCGCGGGCGACGAUGCGCCACGCGCCGUCUUCCCCUCGAUCGUGGGCAGGCCGCGCCACCAGGGCGUCAUGGUCGGCAUGGGACAGAAGGACUCGUACGUCGGCGACGAGGCCCAGAGCAAGAGAGGUAUCCUCACGCUCAAGUACCCCAUCGAGCACGGCAUCGUCACCAACUGGGACGACAUGGAGAAGAUCUGGCACCACACCUUCUAUAACGAGUUGCGAGUCGCGCCCGAGGAGCACCCCGUGCUGCUCACGGAGGCCCCCCUCAACCCCAAGGCUAACAGAGAGAAGAUGACACAGAUCAUGUUUGAGACCUUCAACACGCCCGCCAUGUACGUAGCCAUCCAGGCCGUGCUAUCUCUGUACGCGUCCGGUCGUACCACUGGUAUCGUGCUGGACUCUGGUGACGGCGUCUCUCACACGGUGCCCAUCUAUGAGGGCUACGCUCUGCCACACGCCAUCCUCCGUCUGGACCUGGCCGGCCGCGACCUCACCGACUAUUUGAUGAAGAUCCUCACAGAGCGCGGUUACUCAUUCACCACAACGGCCGAGAGAGAAAUCGUCCGUGACAUCAAGGAGAAGCUGUGCUAUGUCGCCCUCGACUUUGAGCAGGAGAUGGCCACCGCCGCCUCCAGCAGCUCCCUCGAGAAGUCCUACGAAUUACCUGACGGACAGGUCAUUACCAUUGGUAAUGAGCGAUUCCGUUGCCCUGAAGCCCUAUUCCAACCCUCAUUCUUGGGUAUGGAAGCUUGCGGCAUCCACGAGACAACGUACAACUCGAUCAUGAAGUGCGACGUCGACAUCCGUAAGGACUUGUACGCCAACACUGUGUUGUCCGGCGGCACCACCAUGUACCCCGGCAUCGCCGACCGCAUGCAGAAGGAGAUCACCGCGCUGGCUCCUUCCACCAUGAAGAUCAAGAUCAUCGCGCCCCCGGAGAGGAAGUACUCCGUAUGGAUCGGAGGAUCCAUCCUGGCUUCCCUCUCGACCUUCCAGCAGAUGUGGAUCUCGAAGCAGGAAUACGACGAGUCCGGCCCCUCGAUUGUGCACAGGAAGUGCUUCUAAGCGCGCUGCGCCCCCCGCGCCCCCGCAGCAGCCCGCGGCCCGGCCGGACCCGCGGCCGGCUGCU